AUGAACCCCACGGAUCUCACAGACACCACCGUGGACGAGAGCAUUUACAGCAAUUACUAUGUGUACGAAAGUAUACCCAGGCCUUGCACCAAAGACGGCAUCAAGGCUUUCAGGAAGCUCUUUCUGCCCCCCCUGUACGCCUUGGUCUUCCUCUUUGGCUUGCUGGGGAACUCCGUGGUGGUCCUGGUGCUGUUCAAGUACAAGCGGCUCAGGUCCAUGACCGACGUGUACCUGCUCAACCUUGCCAUCUCCGACCUGCUCUUCGUGCUCUCCCUCCCGUUCUGGGGCUACUACGCUGCGGACCAGUGGGUGUUCGGACUGGGGCUGUGCAAGUUCAUCUCCUGGAUAUACCUGGUGGGCUUCUAUAGCGGCAUCUUCUUCAUCAUGCUCAUGAGCAUCGACAGGUACCUGGCCAUCGUGCACGCCGUGUUCUCCUUGCGAGCCAGGACCUUCACCUAUGGGGUCAUCACCAGCUUGGCUACCUGGUCAGUGGCCAUCUUUGCCUCCCUUCCCGGCCUCCUGUCCAGCACCUGCUACACCGAGCGCAACCACACCUACUGCAGGCCCAGGUUCUCGGUGAACUCCACCACGUGGAAGGUGCUGAGCUCCUUGGAGAUCAACAUCCUGGGGCUGGUGGUGCCGGUGGCCGUCAUGCUGUUCUGCUACUCCACGAUCAUCAGGACCUUGCAGCGCUGCAAGAGCGAGAAGAGGAGCAAGGCCGUGAAGAUGGUCUUCGCCGUGGUGGUCCUCUUCCUGGGCUUCUGGGCGCCCUACAACGUGGUGAUCUUCCUGGAGACGCUGGUGGAGCUGGAGCUGCUUCAGGACUGCACCUUCGAGAGGCAGCUGGACUACGCCAUCCAGGCCACAGAAACGCUGGCCUUCGUCCACUGCUGCCUGAACCCUGUCAUCUACUUCUUUCUCGGGGAGAAGUUUCGCAAGUACAUUGUGCAGCUCUUCAAGACCUGCCGCGGCCCCUUGGCGCUCUGCCAGCCCUGCGGGGUCCUGCAGAUGUACUCCGCCGACACCCCGAGCUCCUCACACACGCAGUCCACCGUGGACCACGACCUCCACGACGCGCUGUAG